AAAUCUCUAUAAACAAUAACUAAUUUGAAGCCGCCAAGAUGUCUGAUGUAUCCCUAGAGUUACGUAUGCGCAAGUUGGGUGAAAAGGGCCGACUAUCUGAGCUAGAAGAACUGGUGCAACAAACAUCAAUACGUGAGCUAACGAAAACCUUGUCCGCCAAACUGCCACGGAGUGACUGCAUCAACUUCUGGAACUAUUUGUUGUUGGCCUGCAACACAGGCAGUCAAGAGUCGUGCGAGAAACGUUUUGCCUGCGUCUGUCAUUUUCUCGAUGGAUUGCGCACUUUGGAGCUGAGCUACAAGCAAACCUUUGAUUUGAUAGCACGUUUGUCACAGGAUCUGGUUACUUUCUCACCCAGUGAGCUCGUCUGGAUUGUUGACCACUGUGUCGAUGGUCUGCGGCUUGGCGAUGCUAAAUGUGUGGGCUGGAAGGAUUUGUUACCCGAAACAUUAAUCGUGCUAACGGCCACACCGCAGUUCCUUGUAAAUGGUGUUAGCACAAAUGGGCUACAGUACAGAAAUAGUAUAAUUAAUAGCUUAAGUACUAUGCGUUGGCCAGCUACCAUACUAACACCCAUAGCCGAUAUGUUUAGAGCUCUUCAUCUUAGUAAUGCAGAGAUUUUAACAGUUCUAAAUAAAUUCGCUGGAGCCCUUCAGGAGCUAUCACCCAUGGAGCUGCCUGCUCUAUGUUUCCAGCUUUUUUCAAUGUGCAAUUCGGCAUCCAAGUUAAUCAUUCCCUUGUUGGCGCUGGAGAAAUACUUUCAUCGCAAUUACUACAAGCGUCUGUUCUCUGAUAUGUGCAGCAAUUCCACGGAUUUGGAUAGCAUUGAUUCAUUCUCGGACAAGGAGCUACGUGAGGCGGAGGAGACCAUAUUGCAUCAUUUGAACUAUUGUACCAUGUAUAAGCUAACCGAGCAGCAUAUGGUCAUCAUGCUAAGGAACUUUCUCUGCAUGCCCGAUGUGAUACUUACUCCGUUUAUGCUCUCCGCCAUUAUAUCAAUGACAAGUGUGAAUCGUGAUCCAGAUUCUGCUCCCAUAACCAGAUCCCUUCUCUUGUCAUUUCUACGCAAUGUUAUUAAAAACAAUGAGAAUGAACGAAAGUUGGCUGACCAUUCGGUUUGGUGUCGCGAUGCCAUGCAUCGACGUCAAGUGGAUUUACAACAGGUUUUCUCUGUUCUGCUGGAUCAGAAUAAAGAGGGUAAAGAUGUUAUAACUCCGGGCUUGACCCAUCUCGCUUUUGUUCUACUAAAAUCUCAUCAGGCUCCAAAGAUGCAUAUUUUGGCCAUAACAUUUCUAACAAAAUUUAUUAGAAAACGUUAUCAAUUUGGUCAGGGUAUGAUAAAAAAAAUUGCCAAUUGGAUGGUUGUCUAUCAGGAUCAGAAUCAAUUUUCAGAAUGUUUAACCAUGUUGAGUGUGGCCGAUACUUAUACCGUCUCUGAAUGUCUUAAGGCCAUUCAAAGUGUCAUGGAGCACAUGCUAUGGAUUCCUGGAGAGCAAGCCAUGCGCAUGAUGAACUUUAUUUUGCCAUUGCUUAAACUUUCAAAUCGUGUACGGGAUGCUUUGAUUAAGGUUCUAUGCAAGGCCAUGGAUUCUAGUGAUUUGCAAAAACGUCGCAUGGCCAUCUAUGGUUUCUGCAUGAUCCUUAAGCAGCUAAAUAAUAGUAAUUCCCUGCGCCAGGGAUCAUCGAGUGCUACUAGUUUCUGUACCCAGCAUAGCAUCUCAGGUUACUCCAUGAUGACACAGUCCACCUUGGGUAGUCGAAGCAAUCCUCAGCGUAAUUUUGAUAUGCUGACAUUGGAAAUUAUUGGCAUACUAAGGAACUGUCUGCAGCAACAAUUUGAUAUAAGGUGUACCCUCUAUGAAAAUCUUCAACGCGCUGUGGAACUGAAUGCCAAGUUAGUUCCUCAUAUUUUGCAAGUCAUCGAUUGGCAUUUUCGUAGCUUUUUCGAAACGUCACCUGCUGAAGAUCAGAACGCGGGCAAUGAUGUGGACAGUGUUUUUCGCAUACGUUACGAUCUCGUGGUCAGUUCCAAUGAUGAUAUGCAUAUGAGUAUUCAGCUCAAAGACAAUCUUGGUCAAUUGGUACAAUUUGUUUCGCAAUGUUUGGCCAUCUUUGAGCGUUCACCUUACGGCUAUGAUGUGAGCGAAAUGCAGCGUCUUUUGACACUUUGUGUAGAGCGAUUGGUGGGCAAUAGAUUGAACUUGGAGGAUACGGCCCCACCAGCUACACAUCUUAAGUGCGCGUUGGUGCAGCAACAACUUCAUUUUAUUGAGGGAAUCAUUACCCAUAUACUACUCAGUUCCAAGCCCACAAAUGAGAGUAUUACAAAUGUAUUGCCACUGUUCAAGCAGCACGAUAAGUUAAGAAAUGAUCUUCAGACACUGGCCGGUGCCUCAAAGAAGGCUCGUAAGCGAACGAAGCCAAAUGAUAGCACCCAAAAUAAUACCACAAUGGGCAAUUUAACCGUCAAUGGAGUCCAAGUGAAGAGUAUGUGCAUUAGCACAUCGGAAAAUAUAUGGGACUUGUGCAUUUUGGAUAGAUUUCUACAUCUGCUACAUGAUGACAUUGUUCCCUUUGCUGCUCCAGAGAAGACAACCCAGUUGCGUUCCUAUGAGCCUCUGGUGCGCUAUGUCCUAGAGAUUACAGCUCUGAAAGUGGAGCAGAUACGUCUUGAACCAGACUAUAAGCAAAUGACAUAUAGUAAACGCACAUUGAAGCAAUUGACAGAUAUCACUAAGACCAUCUAUGAACGUUGUAUUCAUCGUCUGCCGGACUUAUGGCGAGAUUUUGAUAUGCAAACAGCCGAGCUAGCUGCUAAAGUCUUUUUGGAAUGCCUUCGAACGGCUCAUUGUACAUAUGAGAAGAGAUUUAAAGAGUUUGUCAAGGGAUUUGACAUGGCCACAUUGAAUAACAAAGAGGAGGCCAUUUAUAUAGUCCAAAAUGUAGUCGAAGAAUUCAUGAAAGAGGAUUCCAAUGGAGAUCUUAUUAAAGAUGCCCCGCAAUUGCCGAUUCAUCUAUUGGAAUGCCUGGAGAUUCUUUAUGAUCAUGUAGAUUUUGGUGAUCGUGCAGCAACCGAAUCUUACACUUGGCUAUUGAAUUUCUGUCGUAGCUAUGAACUACCUAAUGCAGAUUUUGGCCUAGUGCAUCGUUUACUAUUUACCCAACGUCAGAAAACCCAUUCGGGUAGUUUCUUUGAUGGCAUAGCCAGGCAAUUGGGUCAAGUGCUGGGUUUUCUAAAUGACAAGGACGAGAGUAAUAUGGAUUCAAGUGAAUUGAGUCUGAAAUCGUUGAGCACCAUCACAGCAGGAAGUUGUUUACAACAUCUUUAUAGUGCUGUCCAGAAGCAGCUCGAGGAUGUCGAUUAUUUUGUAAUGAAAGCCAACAAUUUAAAUUACAAGUGUCAAUUGGUUUCGGAUUCGGAUCAGGUCUAUUGGCGUGGCAAUCUGGAUGCCCUGGAUCGUUCCAUUUGCACUCAAAUCAUUUACAUCUCUCGCACUCUUAUGGCUCUCACUAAUGUCUGUAUACCCAUGGGUUCAAUGAUGGAUGGAUUGUUGAAAUUAUUAAUUCAACAUUAUACUUGCAUGAAGAAUCUGGCCAAACACUAUAUCUCCUGGUGUACGACAGAUGAGAGUAUUGGCAUCGUGAAGAGUACCAAAUUUGAGCUAUUGCUACGCGAAGUGGGCCAACAAUUGCCGGCGAAUUUCUAUGAUUUAAUCAAUUAUAUUGAGGCGAAUACAUUGGACGAUGAAUCAAAGCAGCAGCCAAAAAAACGUCAAUUAAAAGCCGAAAGAGCCAAAAUCCUACGAGAAACGCGACUUAUUCCCAAGGUCAUAAUGGUUAUUGAGGAUUUUAAUAAGCAAAUUAUUAUAUUGUCCAAGAAGUGCAAAAAACUCUGUCGUCUAACUGAUCAUCUACAUCUGGGAACAAUAAGAGACUUUGAUGUACAAUCGGGUGAUCUUAGAGCAGCCAUAGAACGUUCUUUAUCAGAAAGCUAUGACAUCGAGGAGGAUACUAAUCAGGCGGAGGACCAAAUCGAAAAUCAAGACACCGAUGUAGAAGACGCCGAAGACGAUGAAGAGGAAAUAGUGCCACAAAAGCCGCAAACAAGUCGUCGUAGACGUGCGGAAAACGAUGCAGAGGAAUCACAGCCAAAACGUAAACGUGUUCGUAAGGAAAAGGAGGAAAAGGUUCCAAAAAAGUCUGCAAUAAAUAAGAAAACUGUUGCACCUCCACCACCCAAACAAGUAGAAGAUGAAGCAGAAUCUUCAGCUGAUGAUGAAGAGAAUGAAGAACCCGUUGAGGAGGAGGCCCCUGCAAAUCUCAGACGUAAAACACGGCAAGCACGUAGUGCCCCUGCAGAGACGAUCACAAAGAAGCCAACAAUUGCUCGUAGAGUUGGUCUACAGCGAUCAAAUAAGAAAUAAAGACAACUCAAUUGAAUCAAAGAAGUUUUUAAUAAAAGAAAAAGAAACUUAACGAAGAAAGAGGGGCUAAAGAGGGUCCUGUAAUGUGAGUUCGUUGUGCGGAAUACUCAAAA